CUUAGCGCUUGUUGCCUCGUUUUCAGUUCCAGUUGAGUUUUGAUUCAUGCAUAUCACACAACGAGACCCUUUUUUCUUUUCUUUUUUUACUUUUCUUUUCUCUCUCUCUCCUGGUGCUUUUGUCGUGUAUUUGAAGCCCUUGAAGAUGAGCACCUGCCCUUUCUCUAUGAGUAGUUGUAGUUGGAAGCCUCAGUCUGGCUGUUGAACGGUAGAAAUAGCAUUCUCCGAGAGCCACUUGAUAUUAUUAUUGUUUUUUUCGUGGGUUCCUUGAGAUUAAAAGACGAUCAUAAGCGUUAGGUGACUAGCCAGCGUAGACUUAGUCGACUAGUAUAGCCUCGGUUAGUACUUUUUCUUAGUGUUACACAGAUCCCAGGAACCGCCGAACUGGCCUCCCACUUUGGCUCCACUACGUCUGGAACAAAAACAUCCAAUGAUUGAUUCUCCUCGCCGUUCCUCAAUCCAAGUCGUGAACUUUCAACGGCAGUCCGG